AUGGCUGCUUACGCUCUUUCCCAGGAGCACCGAGAUAUGCUCGAGAAGUCCCUCGUGGACUCCGACCCCGAGGUUGCUGAGAUCAUGAACAAAGAGAUCCAGCGCCAGAGAGAGUCAAUUAUCCUCAUCGCCUCCGAGAAUGUCACAUCCCGUGCCGUCUUCGAUGCUCUAGGAUCUCCCAUGUCCAACAAGUAUUCUGAGGGUCAACCCGGUGCGCGCUACUACGGUGGUAAUGAGCACAUUGAUGCCAUUGAGCUUCUCUGCCAGAAGCGCGCUCUCGAGGCUUUCCAUCUCGACUCUGAGAAAUGGGGCGUCAAUGUCCAGGCCUUGAGCGGUAGCCCUGCCAACUUGCAGGUAUACCAGGCUCUUAUGCCCCCUGGAGGCCGGCUUAUGGGCUUAGAUCUCCCCCACGGUGGUCACUUGAGCCACGGCUACCAGACCCCUGCUAAGAAGAUCUCUGCUGUUUCUACCUACUUCCAGACUAUGCCAUACCGGGUUAACAUCGAAACUGGCAUCAUCGACUACGACAGACUUGAGGAAAACGCUCAAUUGUUCCGCCCCAAAAUCUUGGUUGCCGGUACAUCUGCUUACUGCCGUGAGAUUGACUAUGCUCGCAUGCGUAAGAUUGCUGACUCCGUUGGCGCUUACCUUGUCGUGGAUAUGGCUCACAUUUCCGGCCUUAUUGCUGCCGAGUGCAUCAAGUCGCCCUUCCAUUACGCCGAUGUUGUCACCACGACAACGCACAAGUCACUCCGUGGUCCUCGUGGUGCCAUGAUCUUCUUCCGCAAGGGAGUCCGCAGCACCGACAAGACCGGAAAGGAGAUCAAGUAUGAUCUGGAAGAGAAGAUCAACUUCUCCGUCUUCCCUGGUCACCAGGGUGGCCCUCACAACCACACCAUCACUGCCCUCACCGUUGCCCUGAAGCAAGCCACCACUCCCGAGUUCAAGGCCUACCAGCAGAAGGUUGUCGCUAAUGCCAAGGCUCUUGAGAACAAGUUCAAGUCUCUUGGUUACACAUUGGUGUCUGGCGGUACCGACUCACACAUGGUACUCCUCGACCUGCGCCCCUUCGCCUUGGAUGGCGCCCGAGUUGAGGCUGUCCUCGAGAACUUCAACAUCGCUUGCAACAAGAACAGUAUUCCAGGCGACAAGUCAGCCCUCACCCCUUGCGGUUUGCGUAUAGGUACCCCCGCCAUGACAUCGCGUGGCUUUGGUGAGCAGGACUUCGAGCGUGUUGUCGAGUACAUUGACCAGGCCAUCAAGGUCUGCAAGGAGGUCCAAGGCGGCCUUCCCAAGGAGGCCAACAAGCUCAAGGACUUCAGGGUUAAGGUGGCCAGUGGUGAAGUCGCCAAGAUCAAUGAUCUCAAGAAAGAGGUUGCCUCCUGGUGUCUGACCUUCCCUCUCCCUGUCGAGGGCUGGAGAAUUGACGCUGGUAUCUAA